GGCAGGGAGCAGCAGGAGGCGGCGGCGGACUUCUGCCUGGAAGGAGAUGUUUUAGAGGCCUCCAGAAGAAAUCCUGCUGCAAACACUUCUACCUACUCCAGGGAGGAAGAAUUUAUCCCUGACUAUUAAGUGGCAUCUUUUUAUCCUUCUUAAUCAUAUAAGGGAACAUUUGUUCCCUUGUAUCCUAAACCUCUGCUCAAGCCGUGCAACCACCGGUGUUAAGUGAAGAACAUUACUUAAAGCACAUCAAGGAGCCAGAUAGUUCCAUGAUAGACAGCAGCUGAACUUUGCUUGGAGCAAAAAUCUCUGCUGAGCAAGAAAAACAGCAAAACCUCCACCUAGUAUCUAUCACUGCUGAGGGUAACUUUGGACCCGUUAGUGUAGUAAUAAUCAGUACUCACUUCCCUGGGCAGCACACUUUGCUCCUUGUCUUGCAGGAGGAUUGCUCCUAUCAAAUGCCUACGUUCUUCUCUCUCUCAUGACACUUCCUGUACUCAGUGAAUCCCCAGCAAGGCAAAUCUAUCAAAGGCAGACCUUUUAACAGAAACAAUACUUGUAUCAGAUACUUGCACGAGCAAUGCUAAAACUAACACAUCCUGUCAGAAUUCAGCACAGCCAAGUUGAGGAGUAACAGCUUUUUCCUUAUUUUCUGGUUACCUGUAAUGCUCAGCAGGAUAUUGUGCCUUGGCCUGCACCUGCUGAAUGAAAUGCUCUGCUGCUAGAGACCGAGUGCAUAUAUCCACAAAACAGACAUUUCCUUUUGUACAGCUGGAUGCUGAAGCCCUGCACUAAUGUAGGAUGUACACUCUGUUUUAUGUUGUAGAGUUCUCUGAAAUUUCGCUGGUUGAGACAUUUGGCUCAGGGUUGGAGGAGGUGGGCAGGGAGAGAUUGAACAUAUCCCAUUCUUCCAACAAACUGACAUGGCAAAGGUAAAUACUUUUUCAUUUAAGGUUAUGGGCUGGACAGCAUUCAUGAAUCCUGUGAUCCAGUGGAAGCUGUAAGGAAAUCUGAAGCAAUAUUUGUUGGAUGGGAUUCCUUACAUGGGAUCCAGCGCAGGAACCAACGUUGCUACCGUCAGCAUCAAUACCACCAAUGACAUGCCAAUUGUUUAUCCACCUUCCCUGCAGGCUCUAGGAUUAGUUCCUUUUAAUAUUAACCCCCACUACCUGGACCCAGACAUUAAAAGAACUCACAUGGGGGAGACGAGAGAGGAAAGAAUCCGCCAGUAUCACGAAGAACCAAACACCCCUCCGGUUCUGGGCUUGCGGGAAGGUACAAUGCUGUUAGUGGAAGGAGAUAAAGCCACGCUGCAAGGAGUGACAGGAGCACGUCUGUUUUUGAGGGGUAAGAAGCCAACUGAACAUGAGCCCGGAACAGAUUUCAGUUUCCUCCUGACUGACAGCAAUCCCCUGAAUCCAUAGCAUUCCAUAUUCUGCAGCAGAAGUUACUAUAUGGGGAACACAAUGAGGAAGAAGGAAAAAGAUGCUUGUAGUCCCAUGGUGGGUGGGGAACUUCAGCUUUAUAAAAUAAAGAUAAAAAUGCAUUAGUGACUCUUUUCCUCACCUCAGUGCAUGUCUCUGACAUCUUCCAAGCAAAAAGACUGGUUUUUUUUGCAAUACUUGCAUAAUCAUAGCUAUUCACAGCUUGAAGGGGCCUGUACAUUCAAGUAUCCACUUUGAUUCCUUCCCCACCAAAAAACAGCUGUUCCCACUGCCUACUUUUACCUGAUAAAUAAAAGAAUUGUUCAUUCAGUUUACUCCCACACUCUGCUUAAUUUUUGUGCUAUUAAUAAAGGGAGAAGUUAUGCAUUCAAUUA